CUAAAUCGUUAUUCCGAGUGCGAUAAUUGGAAACUUCGACCCAUCCCCUUUCGUUCUCCUGUAAUUAUUAGGGUUUCACAAAAUUUGCAGGGAAAACUAGGGCCUUUUCUCCAUUGAAGAUAGUAAUUUUAGUUAAGAUGGUUUCAACAACAAGAAAGAAGUGUAAGAUUAUAAAGAUAAAUGCAGCAGAAGAAUCAGAACACAUUGAAGAAGGAGAACCCUCUAUUCAGAAGUUACAAGACCUUCAAGAUGAACUUGACGAGGUAAAGGAUGAAGCAAAUGAAAAGAUAUUGAAAUUGAAGCAUAAGUAUAAAGAGAAAUUGAGGUCUGUGUAUCAUAAAAGGAAGAAGCUAAUCACUUCGAUUCCUGAAUUCUGGUUAACUGCGUUUUUGAAUCAUCCUGGACUUGGUGAUCUCGUAACUGAAGACGAUCGGAAGGUUUUCAAGUACCUAAAGUCACUGGAUGUUGAAGAAUUCAAAAACGUGAAGUCUACAUACUCGAUAACCUUUAACUUUAGCCCGAACCCGUAUUUUAAAGAUGCAAACCUCUCAAAGACAUUCUCAUUCUCUGAUGAAGGGGUGGCUACCAAGAUAACUGGUACAAAAAUCAAGUGGGAGGAGGGCAUGGACAUUGCUAAUGGAAUUAAUCGUGAGAAAAAAGGGAGCAAACGCCCGUUUGUCGAAGAAAGCUUUUUUACCUGGUUCAACGAGGCCCAACAAGAAUUUCCGGAAGGGAUUCAUGAUGAGGUGGCAGAGAUAAUAAAAGGGGAUUUAUGGCCCAAUCCUCUUAAAUAUUUUAACAACGUAUCUGAUGAAGAUGGUUUUGAGGGAGAAGAAGAAGAUGAGAAAGAUUCUGAUGGAGAAAAAAAUGGCGAUGAGGAGUUUGAGGUAGAUGGAGACGGUGAAAAGAAUUUGGAUAAUCAUAGCAGCACCAACUUAGACGCGGGUACUGAUUUGGUGCAAAGUCAUGAGAAUGAGCUAUCGUUCACUGUGGAUGUGGGGCAUGUUUUCCAAACUGAAAAAAUCUUCAGAAACCCUUCUUGGCAUCCGUUUUUUUCUUCUUCUUAAUGUCAAUGGCGAGAUUCAAUUGAUGGUCGAUCUGUUAACAAGAGGUGUCUGAUUCACGAGAUCACAUUAUCCAGUGGUGUCAGGAGGUCGGUAAGCAAAAUAAGAUAGUAGUUGUGAUUAUUAAAUCUCAAAAACCAAUUGCAGGUAAAAAAGCCAGACUCACACUCGACUCGGGUGUGAGAGGGGAGGUUUUUUUCGCAACAAAAAGAAGAAGUCUGAACAACUUAAGGAGAAACCACGACAGAGGAAAAGAGUAACUGGGACCAAGAAGUGUGGAUGUCCCUUUGCCUUAAAAGGAGUAUGGUCUUCAGGUGAUAAAUGGAAGCUUGAGGUUCAGUGUGGGAGACACAACCACGAGCUUGCUAUUGGGAAUUCUUAUGUUGGCAUUUCACUUCUAAAUCCACUGUUUCGCGUACUAUUAGUCACUAAGGCUUUGUGUUUGGCACUAAAUCUCUGCUUCUAUAUGCAAUAUAUAGCGUUGUUAUUAAAGUUUAACUUUUGAUUGUAAAGUUGGCUUAUAGAAUCCAACUUAUGAGCAAAGGUUUCUCAUUAUGGGAUAAUUCAGGUGGGAAUUUCAUCAAUCUUCACAGGGCAUUUGGAGACGCAUCAUAGAAUUUUUUAAUUUUUGUCGAAUGCUCCUUAAUAUAAAAUGCAUAGUAGAGAGUUUUCGAGUGAAA